AUGGAGACACCAAACACCCGAGCGCGGCGCAAACGCGAGAUGCGCGAGCUGGACGGAUCCCAAGACGAACCCGGAGUGACAUGGGGACAGGACAACCAGCUGCUGCGAGAGUUUAUGUUGUCAGGCCCAAGUGACAAGCCCAUGCCUGCACUUGCUCCAACUCAGCGACCUCGAGGUUAUGGCGAAAGCAGCUCGACUGGCACAGGAACAAGCCACCCACGCAAGCGUCCUUGCCGGGCGACCAGGUCGACCUCCUCAGUUACGGCUCCGCAGACCGCCUCUGACGAACCUGGGAAAAGGCUGGACGAGCUCCUUGAUCGAUUCCUGGACAUUAGCUCACGACCUAACUCGGCCAAUUCGACGCCUCGGAACGGGUCGUUGACCCAGAGGACUGCAACGUCAGGCGGUGGGUCUAGCACCACACUUUCAAGCACGGGCAGCAUGGGCUGGGAUCGACCAGGCGACAGGAAGCCGAUGAUGGACAGGACAGUCAACACCAACCGUCGGACGCCUGUCUCCACCACUCGCUCGUUGCCCUUGAAGCCGUCGACACCUACAUCCGUUCGCGAUCGUGGCGCCGUGUCUGCUGUCAACAUUCUAGAGACAAAGUCGGCUCCCAGGCCAUUCCGCAACUCCAUCGACGCUGCACCAGGUGUACGGUCCAGCCCACGCCGUGCUGCGGCCUCUGCUUCUGCUGCAAUCGCCAGUCCCCUUCGUGCGCCUCACAAUGUGUCACCCGCCCCUCUCCCAACCCGGUACUCGACUACACGAACCAGCGUUGGCGUUCAGCGUCCAGUGCAACCCACAAGCCAUCUCGCGACCACUCGUCAACCACGCUCUGUUCCACCUCCUCGCGUUACACCGGCAGUGCCUGCCACCCGUUCGACUCGCUCCGCCCAGCCCGUUAUGCGCCCCCCUCCUCCACCAGAACCACAGCCUAGCUCUGACGGCGACACAAGUAUCGACUCUCUUGAUUUGAUGUUUGAGGGUGGUGGAGAGGAAAUUGAACGUCUCCUGCGUGCGGUGGAUGGCGGACGUAAGUUGUCAACAACAGCACGAUCGACCUCGGACGAACCUCGCGCACCCGAUGCUCAUUCCGCUCCAGUGUCGGCAGCCAACAUCCCAGACCAGAACUCGGACACCAACCCCGUUGCCUAUGCACCGUUUGCCAGCGCCCCGGCGCCGGGAUACCCAACCUUCCUGCCCCACCCACCUUCGGUGAUUGCGUCGGCUCUCCCAGCCGACCGCUUCCCCCAGAACGAAACCCUCCCCCCGCUGUUCAAGCCCCUCAAGAUCCGUGGUGUGGAGUGGCCCCACCGGAUGUGGGUAGCCCCCAUGUGCCAGUACUCGGCGGACAACGGCAAGGCCACCGAUCACCAUUUCGUGCAUCUCGGAUCGAUGGCCCAGCGUGGCUGGACGAACAUCAUGGUUGAGGCCACUGCCGUGGUCCCCGAGGGCCGCAUCAGCCCCGAGGACGUUGGAAUCUGGAACGACGAACAGAUUGCUCCGCUUAAGCGUAUUGUCGACUACGUCCAUGCCAACCGCGGCAAGAUUGGUAUUCAGAUUGCCCACGCCGGUCGCAAGGCGUCUACUUUGGGUCCCUGGACGUCCCGUCUUGCUGUCGAGAAUGGCUGGAAGGGCGGCGAGGUCGCUACUCGUGAAGUUGGCGGCUGGCCCGACCAGGUCGUCGGUCCCUCAGCCAUCUCGUUUGACGAAAAGACCAACCCGAUGCCCAAGGUCAUUGACGACGCCUACAUCGCGGAGCUCAAGGCAGCGUACAAGGCCGCCGUCGAGCGCUGCAAGAAGGCCGGCUUCGACUUCAUUGAGAUUCACGGUGCCCACGGUUAUCUGAUCCACAACUUCCUCUCGCCCCUUUCCAACAAGCGCACCGACCAGUAUGGUGGCUCGCUUGACAACCGUAUGCGUCUCCCGCUUGAGCUUGCCCAGAUUGUCCGCGAAGCCUGGGACGGCCCGCUCCUCUUCCGCGUUAGCGCGAGCGACUGGCUCGAGAACGUCGAUGGCCCCGAGGUCCAGGACGGCGAGUACAAGUGGUGGGGUCUGGAGCAGACCACCAUCUUUGCUACCAAGCUCCGCGACAUUGGUAUCGACCUCCUCGACGUGUCGUCGGGCGGUAAUGACAACCGCGGUGGCUACCCCGUCGGACCCAACUACCAGGUUCCAUUCGCCGCGCACAUUAAGAAGCACGUCCCCGGUCUCCUGGUCGGCGCCGUCGGCCUCCUGACCGACCCCAAGGCGGCCAACGACAUCAUCAAGAACGGUGAAGCCGACGUGUGCUUCUUUGGCCGCGAGGUUCUCCGCCACAUCGAUUUCCCUCUCGACGCUGCUCAGGCCCUCGGCGUCGCUGUAGCUCCGGCGCCCCAGUACGAGCGCGCCUGGGGCCGCAUGCUCAAGCCCGUCCACUCGUAG